CCUCAACAUGCCCAGCACAAAAAAUACGGAAAGGACCAGUGAAAAACCACUACCACCGACCAAGGAGCGGUCCAAAGGACCGUCCAGCCUAAGUCGUGCAUAUCUGAUCGCCUUCAAUGUGGUCUCUGCCCUCGGAUGGGCAUACGUGCUCGUCCUCACUCUGAACGCGAUUGCCAACCCGCCGACUAUCAAGGCCCAGGCUUCGUCUUUCUUCUCCCGCGUCCUGUCCUACCUCCCCGUCUCUGUUGGCUCAAAAGUUCGAGCAACGAACCAAUUCUCCGCCUCCCUCUCCGCCACCGUCGCGCGGUUCGUCCCGCCCUCCUACUCCGCCUCCUUCUCCGCCGUUGCACCCGUGCAGUCGCUCGCUCUCCUCGAAGUCAUCCAUGUCAUCGUCGGCCUCGUGCGCUCCCCGCUGCCCACAACCGCAAUGCAAGUCGCCUCCCGCCUCCUGCUUGUGUGGGGCAUCGUCGCACGCUUCCCCAACACACACGCCAACCCCGUAUACACGACGAUGGUGCUCGCGUGGUCCCUGACCGAGGUGCCGCGCUACGCGUUCUACGCGCUCGGGCUCGCGGGCGCCGCGGCCCCGCAGUGGCUCACGUGGCUGCGGUACACGACGUUCUACGUGCUGUACCCGCUCGGCGCGGGCAGCGAGGCGAUGCUCAUGCUCAGCACGGUGCCCGAGUGGCGCAAGGGGGGAUGGCAGAGGUUCGGGGUGGAGGACUGGGCUAGGUCGGUUUUGUUCGCGAUUUGGUGGCCGGGUCUCUAUGUGAUGUACACGUAUAUGAUGCAGCAGAGGCGUAAGGUCCUUGGUGGUGCCCAGGGAAAGAAGCUUGGUGGAAAGUCCAAGACCAAGGCGGAUUAAGUUUAUGUGGUAACUUUACACCAGUAGACGGUGGUCUGCUGUUUGACCUCAAACGUGGAUGCAUCCCUCUGGGGUAUUGAAAGAUGUUUGUUUGGAUUGCUACUUAUACGCUAGUACUGGAUAUCUCGGAUAGUUUAUGACUGAAUGUAAC